UCCGCCACCAGGACCACGCCGCCCUGCCUUCCUCCAGUCACGCUCCCAACACCUGUUGAGGCACCGCCACCUGUCCAGGCCUCUGCGUCGGUAGCUGCUGCAGCCUCGCCACGGCAGUCGCCGCUGAGCCCUCGCGAGGUUGAAGACCUUCUUCUCGUCCUCCUUCCAGAGAUUCUCCUGUCCUCAGCGCGAGCGAGGACCACGAGACAGACGAAAACAAAAGGUUUCGAUCUCCAUCGGAGCUCGCAGAGACCGUCCCAUCGUCUCAGAUACCCUUCCAGGAGACAGGAGAGAUGAGCGGGUCUGGUAAAGGGUUCCUGGGCCUGUGGCUCUACAAGACUGGUGAAGAGUGGAUGCUCAAGGAUCCUCUUAGACCCCAGAAGGAGGCCGCCAAAGUGACGAGGUCUUCACCCGCGAGAACGCUGGCGUCGUCAUCGACGUCGUCCUCGUCGUCCUCGUCGUCGGCGCCUGACAGCGGUGCUGGAGAGGUCUACCAGCCCUCUCAGAACUCCGUCGUCUUCAACCUCAAAAACCAAGUCGGAGGGCUGGCCAAGGCUCUGCAAGUCUUCCAGGAGCGAGGCGUCAACGUGGUGCACAUAGAGAGCCGCAAGUCCCGUCGCCGCAACUCCGAGUACGAGAUCAUGGUGGACAUCGAGUGCGACAACUCGAAGAUGGACGACCUCACUAAACUCCUCCAGAGGCAGAUGUCAUGCCUCAGCCUCCACGACUACGACAAAGGGGAAGACUUCCCCCCACCCACACCCUUGUCUCAGGAGAGCUUUGACUUCAGUGACCUGUGCCCUUGGUUCCCGCGCAAGAUCAGUGACCUCGACAACUUCCAGAAGGUCCUCAUGUACGGCUCCGACCUCGACGCUGAUCAUCCUGGCUUCAAGGACCCCGUCUACAGAAAGCGGAGGAAUUACUUCUACGACCUGGCGAUGAGCUACAAGUUUGGACAAGAGAUUCCUCGUGUAGAGUACACGGCCCAAGAGAUCAGCACUUGGGGGACCAUCUUCAAGGAGCUGUUCAACCUCUACCCAACCCACGCUUGUAAAGAAUACAACCACAACUGGCCAGACCUUGUCAAGUACUGUGGCUACAGGGAGGACAACAUUCCCCAGCUGGCUGACAUAGACAAGUAUCUGAAACGCACCACGGGGUUCUCGCUACGGCCUGUGGCUGGGUACCUCAGCCCGCGGGACUUCCUGGCGGGACUGGCCUUCAGGGUGUUCCAUUGUACACAGUACAUCCGUCACUCCUCCGACCCCUUCUACACCCCAGAGCCGGAUUGCUGCCACGAGCUACUGGGGCACAUGCCUAUGCUUGCCUGCCCUUCCUUCGCUCAGUUCUCGCAGGAAAUUGGUCUAGCCUCCCUGGGUGCCAACGACGAAGACUUGCAGAAGAUAGCCACGUUGUACUUCUUCACUGUGGAGUUUGGGCUGUGCAAGGAGGGAGGCAAGCUGAAGGUGUACGGUGCGGGGCUUCUCUCCAGCAUCGGUGAACUGACCCACUCCCUCUCACCCGCCGCCAGGGUUGAACCCUUCCAUCCCGAGACAGUCUCUAAAGUGACCUGCCUCGUCACUACCUUCCAGGACCAGUACUUCUUCACCGACACCUUCGAAGAGGCCAAGGAGAUGCUCAGGGACUAUGUAUCCAAGAUCCAGCGACCGUUCGGAGUGCGGUACAACCCAUACACUCAGAGUGUAGAGAUCCUGAGCAGCGCCGAGAAGAUCGCAGCCAUGGUGUCGGAGCUGCGGGGUGACCUCUGCAUCGUCAGGAACGCCCUACAGAAGAUCCAGGAGAACGACGACGAUGUCAACAUUGAAAGCAUCACCAACAUCCUGACUUCAGCCCUCAAGACUGAGGACGUCACCAAGACUUAACUCUCUCUCUCUCUCUCUCUCUCUCUCUCUCUCUCUCUCUCUCUCUCUCUCUCUCUCUCUCUCUCUCUCUCUCAUAUGCUUAAACUUUCAAACGAAAAUUAGGUUUUUGCAAUGAUUGUUUUGAUUAUGGAUUAUUUUUAAUAUAGUAGUGAGAGAGAUAUAAUCCUGAGCUUCCGGUCAAGCAUGCUUACCUAUAUAAAUAAUUAUAUAAAUAAUAUAUAUCCUGCAAUACUGUAAUAUAGCAAAUUUGCUUCAGAUAUAAUAUAGAUACCUUGAGGACCCAUUGGAUUGUCUAAUGACUGACUAGGACUCCAUACAUAUAUAUGUAUAGAUGAGCCACAACAGGACAGAGAUAUACAUACACAUACAACUGAACCACACCAGGAUAUAACUAUACAUAAUCAUACAGAGGAACCACACCAGCAUAGUUAUACAUAAUUCAUCCAGAAAUUCUCACUAGGACAGAGCUAAAUAUAACUUUUCAUACUAACAGAGGUAACCUAUACCAGAACAGACAAAGCUAUUAUGUCUGACUAACAGCUCUCUCUCUUCAUUGUGAUAAUUCUACAGAAACGAUUAAACAAUUCUGAAGUGCAUGAAUUUUCAGGUCAGGAAGUAUGCUAGUACAGUGGCUUGAACUUACCUAGUUGUGCUGCUUCUAUAUGAGCUUCGGCUCUUUGGUCCCGCAGGUUUCUGAAGGCAGUUCUGAUGUUAGCCAGCCUUGCAUAUGCCGCUGAUGUUAUUCUUUUUGAUGUGGGUUUCAGGAGACAGGUUUGGCGUAAUUUCAACUCCUAGAUCUUUCUCUCUCUGUCAGUUUCAUGCAGGACUUCGUCUCCCACUCGAUAUCUAGUGUCUGACCUGGUAUUUCCUCCGCCUAGUCUCAUCACUUGACAUUUACUUGGGUUGAAUUUUAGUAGCCAUUUGUUGGACCAUUUCUUCAGUUUGUCUAGAUCAUCUUGUAGCCUCAUACUAUCUUCCUCUGUCUUAAUUCUCCUCAUAAUUUUUGCAUC